ACUUUGUUUUGCUCCAAGGCAGCUGUGGCUGCAUCCUUUGCAGCAUCCUGGAGUGCAACUAAGAUGACUGUGUGAGAGUAUAGAGAAAGAUUUUAGUGGAAGAACAUACAUUUGCAUCUGGGGCUGCAGACAUGGAGAGGUCCAGCGGCAAACGUUUUUGUUGUAGACGGGUGUGCCACAGGGUUCCUGUGGCCCACAGAGAGGAACUGUACCACAUCCUGAAGAUGACAGGUCCUCUGCUGCUGUCUCGAAUCCUCAAUUACAUGCUUCCGUUUGUGGUUACAAUGUUCUGUGGCCGUCUGGGAAAUGACGUGAUGGCUGGCUAUGGAUUAGCUUCUGCUACAAUUAAUAUUACCACUGCAGCAACAGGAUAUGGUCUGGGACUGGCAUGUGAUACUUUGGUCUCUCAGACUUUUGGUGCUAAAAAUCUACUCCGGGUGGGCGUGAUCCUUCAGCGGGGCAUAAUCAUCCUCUUGUUGUUCUGUCUGCCUUGCUGGGGUCUCCUCAUUAAUGCUCAGGCCAUCCUAUUAUGUGUGGGCCAGGACCCUGAGGUGGCCAGAAUAGCCCAGCUGUAUAUUACUGCCUUCCUGCCUGCUGUACCAGCAAUGUUUCUACAUCAUCUUCAGGUGUCUUACCUGCAGAACCAGGGAAUAAUACUGCCACAAAUGUAUAGUGCUGCUCUGGCAAACAUUGCAAAUGUGGUGACAAACUAUAUUUUUAUUCACUGGCUGGAUCUGGGUGUUAGUGGCUCUGCAGCUGCAAAUACUCUGUCUCAGAUUUACAUCUGUACUUUUCUGUUUGCUUACAUUUUGUGGAAGAGGCUUCAUGUAACAACAUGGGGAGGCUGGUCUGUAGAAUCACUGCAGGACUGGGGCUCCUACAUGAAGCUGGCUAUUCCCAGUACAUUAAUGAAAUGCUUUGAGUGGUGGGUUUAUGAGUUUGGGGGAUUCUUUGCAGGAAUGCUGAGCGAAAAUGAGCUGGCAGCCCAGCACGCUGUCAUGAUGGUGACUGUCAUAACAUAUAUGUUCCCUCUUGGUAUUCAAGCUGCGGCAUGUGCCCGGGUGGGUAAUGCUCUUGGUGCAGGAGACACCGGCAGAGCACUCCUAACUAGCAAGAUGUCCCUGACUCUUGCAGGUAGCAUUGCAGUUGUAGAAGGCCUUGUCCUUGGCUCCGUCAAAACAGUGAUUGGCUUCAUCUUCACGUCAGAUGAGAAAAUCAUAGGUCUGGUCUCACAACUGAUGAAUGCUUACUGUUUCCUUCAGUUCUUUGAUGGUCUCGUGGUGAGUUUUAGUUACACUUGGCAGCGCGUGUAUGCUCCUAAAAGCAUGACAAGUAAAUCUAAUAUAAAGUUUAUCUCUGUUUCAUCCAAGUGUGUGUGCACGGGCAUUUUCUUAGGCACAGGGAAACAGAAGAUUCCAGCUGUGGCUAAUUUCAUUGGAUACUACUGCAUAGGGCUUUCUCUAAGUAUCACGUUGACAUUCGUUGCAAAACUAAGAGUGUUGGGUUUCUGGCUUGGACUGCUUGUUUGUGUCAUUUUACAAUCUACCUUCUACAUUAUUGUCAUCUUUAAGCUGAACUGGGAGAAAAUCACUGAGGAGGCUGUGAAACGGGCUCAGAAAAAUCCUUCGUUAUUAGGAAGAGCUCCCGUGACAGGCACUGUGGAUAACAGCACCCAAGAUCAAACAUCAAGUAAUCUGAUGGAUGGCUAUAUGUCUGUGAGCACCGAGUGCCAAGACAGGGGCACUGUGGUGCAGGAUCGAGAUGUGACACAGAAGCUGAAGGGCAGCCGCCUCUCCAUCACCCAACUGAUCCUCAGGCGAGGCCUCGUUAUGUUUGCUGCAGUUGCACUUCUUGCUGUGGGAGCAGGUGUUCACUUCCUUGUGCCUUUGCCCAAGACCAACUCUACUGUGGACUCGAUCAACACUACAUAUACUCCUGAUCAAAUUUUCUCCACCAUGUUGGUGCCAGAUGAAGAGUCAGAGUGAACAAUAGAUGACUGCAAUGAUUCUGUUUAAUGUUGUAAGUACAGAGAAUCUGAUAUUGCCUUCUCAAACCAGUUUUAGUUUGACUUGUUUGUCUCUGCAAGGUGUUGUAAACUGAGCACAGGCAAAUUUGCCAAAUACUCGUCAUGUUUAAGAGUAAUAUAAUGCUCGUUCGUUGAUUAAUCAAGAGACCAUUCAUUCAUUUCCUGCUCGUCUGCCUUUGUGCCUGCUUGUGCCAUCCGUCACUGUCUGCUUUGUGAUGCAAAUGCUAGCAUAUUACUGAGACCUCCCAGAAAAGCAGCACUGGAGACUCUGGAGUUAUUUCACUGAACGAGACAGACAUUACUCAUGUUCAGGUAGCCAAGUUGGUGAUAAGUAGGUUCAAAAUAAUACCAACAGCCAAGAUGAACAACAUGAAAGCUAGAGCCAAGCCUCUACGCAGAACCAGAGUCCUGAAAGAGAGCUCUCCUUCAGCUGUCCGCACUGUUGUUUCCACCUCAACAUCCAUCAGAUCAAUGGUGUCUGCUUGACCCACUGAGUUACCAGGGUCUUCUAGUUGGGUACCUGGACAUAAAUAUAUGCAAAUGUUCCAUAUUAGGGAUCAUGAAAUUAUAAUUGUUAUUCAAAAUAUUGUUCACAUUUUGGAAGUUUUCUAUAUUAAUUGCUGUAUAAUCAAUAUCUAAAAUCUCUGAAUUGUUUUUUGUUUGUUUGUUAGUUUUUUUAUGGUUCUAUCUGCUGAUCCAACUGAGUGUUUUUUUAGUGUUGCCAUAGACUGAAGUUAAAGAUGUUAAAGAACAUUUAAAAAAUAUGAAGAUCUUGGUUUCUGAUUGCUUAGCAAAUACCAAUUUGCAGACAACAAUUUGGACUUUGAACGUUUCAUACUUUUAGACCUUGCAUGAUUAAAA